AUGGUACUUUUCUUUAGGUAUCUAGCAAGUGGCUCAAGUUUCAACGAACUAUCAUACAACUAUUUGAUUGGCGCCAGCACAAUUCGUAAGAUAGUGAAAACAACAUGCACGAAAAUUUGGAAUAUUUUGCAGCCCAUUGUUAUGCCAGAGAUAAGCGAAGAAGGGUGGUUACACAUAUCUGAACAAUUUAAUAAAAAUACCCAUUUUCCUAACAUCAUUGGUGCUAUAGACGGCAAACAUAUCAGAAUAAUCCAACCACAAAUGACUGGCUCAGAAUUUUUUAAUUAUAAAAAAUUCUUUUCUGUAGUGCUGAUGGCAUGGGUUGAUGAUGAUUAUCAAUUUGUCUACAUAGAUGUUGGAGCAAAUGGAGCAGCAGGUGAUUCUUCAGUCUUUAAUAAUUCAAAUAUGGGUAUAAAGUUACGACAAAACCUUUUGAAUAUACCAAAAGACCGAACAUUGCCCAACGAUCCAGAAGGUAAACCAAUGCCUUUUUGUUUGGUUGCUGAUGAAGCUUUUGGUUUAUCGAGACACAUUUUGCGUCCAUUUGGAAAAAAAACGCUUACCACAAUAAAAAAAAUUUACAACCGAAGGCAAACAACAGCUCGUCGAAUGGUUGAAUGCACAUUUGGCAUAUUAGCAAACAAAUGGCGUAUUUUCCAUAGACCUAUUGAUGUUAGCAUCGAUUUCUGUGACACGAUAAUCAAAUCAUGUUGUGUGCUCCAUAAUUUCGUACGCAAAAGAGAUGGAAUUAACUUUACAGACACAGCUUAUGAAUGCCCACUGCCCAGUAGUGCCCAGUGUUAA